AAAUCCCCGCAUAACCACCAGACUCGCCGUACACCUUCAAUCUCCGCCGGGCACAUGGCGUCUCCAUCGCUCCUCUCUUUCCUUUUAGCCGUAUCGCUUCUCGCCGCCGGCGCAGCCGCACGCCCUGGCAUACACUUCCACCCGUGCAAGACGCUCUUCAUCUCUUACACCUUCACCUCUUCCGAAACAUUCGAUCUUCCACAGAUCAAUGCCCCUCGUAAAUCCUCUCCUUCUUCGUCCUCUAGCGGCUACUUUGCCGUCUAUAGCAUAUUUCGCCCCAUCUCUUAUUCAAGCGCCUUUGCACUGCCUAUUCGCAACCUCCGCCCUAUGAUCGUCGACCGCCCGCGCUCGGCGGAGAUGGUCCAGGCCGAGCCCACCUUCGGCAUGAGCUCUCUCCAAGAGAGGGCCAAAGAUAUCCUCGUCGUUGUUGCUGGGCUCCUCUUUGGCGUAGGCUGUGGCGCUCUAACUGGCGCGAUCAUGUACCUCGCAUGGUCCCUCUUCACCAAUCACUAUGAAAUCUGCAGGUAUGGUGAUGGAGAAGAAGACGAGGAGGAUGAAACCCCUAAGAAGAUGGGAUAUAUCAAGAUCGCGGAGCCGGUGCCUGCAAAAGAAGGUUAUGAGGGUAAUUAGGGUUUGAUUAAUAAGGAUUCGGGAUGAUAUUACUUUACAUACUUUUGAUACAUAACUUCAUAUGGAUGCAUGUGUUAUCUUUCUGCUAUGAUCUCAACUGUUACCCUCUUGUAGGGGGUUUGACAUGAGUUGAUUCGAAUUUGUAUGCCCGUUCUGGUCAUGAAAGGGCACUACUUAACUUUCUAUUGUUUAAGUAUCAUUAUCUUGUUAAUUUUUUUAAAUCGCAA